ACGACGACGACGACGACGUCGACGACGGCGACGAGGAUGACGAGGACGACAUCUCCGAGGAAAUGAAAGCAGCAACGAAGGACACGUUGGACCAGUGGGCGGGAAAAAGUGUUUGGUCGUUGGUGUGCGCGAUGGAAUUGGGUUUGAUAUCGGAUACCGCCUCUCGUAACAACAACGAGGUCUCGUUUCGCCCGAUAUCGGAGAUCGCGAGCAAAUCACCCUUACGGAUCUCACCACGGCUGAGAACCACGCCGCGGUUUCGAAAGAAACGAGGAGGAGGGAGAAGAAGGAGACGAGCGUCGAAAUCUGGGAAAAUGAGUGGAAAGAGGAGGGAGAUGUACGCGAACGACUCAACGAUCACCGUGGAUCAAUUUUGGAAAUCUUGCAAGAGAAAGCCCGGCCGACCGAAGAAACGUUCCGCAGAUCUACUAUCCUCCUCGAUCGAUCGUCGUCCUAUUUUGGCCGACGAGUCGUGUCGGUCGACUCGGUCACGCUCGGCCAACAAUAACAACAACAAUAACGUCCUUCUCGCCAACGGUACGGACGCUCCACGAGCUUUCGAGCCACGACGAGUAUCUCGCGACGACAACGGUGCAUGGAAAAGUUCGACGAAAACUGUGCUUCACGAAAAAACGAACGACGAAAAUACGAUCGAGAAUGUUGUUACGCGUUCUAAACGCGAGAAGGGAUUCGAGUCGAAGGAUUCGAAACGGGACGAGAAUCGGGAAUCGACGACGAGAUUCGACGAGAUUCACACGCUUCCCUUGAUGAAGAGAAUUUUUCGCGAGAGCGGUGCUGUUUACGGCAUUGAGAACGAGAGGGAAGAUGGCCGGGACACGGACGUCGAGAAGUCGACGGUUUACGAGGCUGGAAAGAAAGAUUCGGUAAAAAAAGUUUCCUCCUACGAGAGGAAGAAGGUUCGAGCGAAAAUGUUGAAAGGUAACGAGGAAAAUCAGGAGGUGAGAAGAGUGACGCGAGGAUCGAUGAAAAUUGGGAAGGAUCUGUCCGUCGGCAAAUUGGUGUGGGGCUAUUGCGCGGGAUGGUGGCCAGCGUUAAUUGUCGAUGCCGACCAUGUAGGAAUGUUGUCCGAGGAAGGGAAAUUAUGGGUUUACUGGAUCGGAGAAGCUCGUAUAUCAUUAUUGAACGAAAAGACGCAGAUCGAACCGUUCUCGUGUAACCUCAAGGCUAGACUGACGCAGAAUUUAAACGUACCGCGAAUUCGUGCCAUUGACGCAACUAUGCAGAUGUUGCGCAAAAAAUUGGGCAGUACUUUGACCAAGCCGUAUUUCACGUGGAUCGAAAGCAAUUUCCCAAAAAAUAUGAUCGAAAUGUUGGACGAAAUCAAGUUUUAUCCGUAUCCGGUAAAAAUGCAACAAAGAUUAGACCAUCUUAAAGAGAAAAACGCAAAAGUAACGGAAAGAUAUUUAUUGGAUCAAAAACGAGAGAAUCAGGAGAAAAAACUGGCCGAGAAGUCGAAAGAUUCGCCGCAAAAAGUCAACGUAGAUUUGACGCUUUUGCCAUUGAAAGAACAGAAUCCAGGAAUUAUAGCCUGGGCUAAAAUUGCCGGGCACAAUUGGUGGCCAGCGAUGAUUAUCGAUUAUCGCGAUUGUUGCAUGCGAGAACCAACGUUCGGUUGCCAAUGGAUAAUGUGGUACGGCGACUACAAACUGUCAGAGGUGCAUCAUCAAUUAUUUUUGAGAUUCGACAAGGGGAUGGAAAAAAUGCGCGAAUACAUAAACAACACGAAAAAACAUAUUUAUCUCGUCGGAGUUCUCCAAGCCUCGAAGGUAAUAUCGUUUAUCUCGCUUCUUUAA